GAUGAAUCAUAGUAGUAACUGCAAAAAAAAUCAUGCUUUCUACAUGAAUGCGACCACAUUUACUAGGGCACCUAACAGAUCUAAAAUAAGACUAAGGGUUUCUCUGUUUCAGCAAACAACAAUAACAACUAUGGCUAAUGAUGCUGUUCUUAGAUCUUCACUAAUUUGUUUAGGAGCUAUUAUAUUUUUCAUUGGUUUUUACACUUACUCAUUCAAGAAAAUGAUUGUAACUUAUAUUUUUGGUCUUUUUGCUAUUGCUGGUAUUAUUUUGCCUGAUUGGGAAUUCUUCGAUAGGGAUUUUUCUGAGUGGACUUCUCCUAUGCCUGCUGAUGCUAUUGAUUCAAAUUCUUCUGAACCCAAGAGGUUUAAAAUCUAUCCUGUUAGAUAUACCGUCUAUGCUAUUGUCUACAGUUUUGGUCUGUACAAGUGGUGGAAUUUCGUAUCUACCUGAUAAGAAGGCUCAUUUCAUCUCCUUGUCUUCGCCGUAAAAGAAUUGGAUAUUGAACUUAUAUGGUCGAGCGAAGUUGUAUAUUAACUUAAUUGAUUGAAUCGUUACCCCGAGAUCUUGCAUUUGCAUUUGUAAUCUAUUAUAAGUUUAUGUUUUUUGUUGCAUUCAUUUUUACUGAUGUUUGGAAGAGAAAAUAAUGUCCGAGUGUUAACUGGAUUGUUUGAUUUUGAAAUGUUGUCAGGAAACUUGUUUUUAUA